UCGAGGAGCCCGAUCCUCACCGUUCUUCUCCUUUCGACCACAGAUAGCUUCUUCAUUAGGCAUUCAUGUCGGUGAAACAAUCUGCAUAAAGGCCGUCUGCAGACGUAUCGGGCGGAAAAAUGUUCCAACUCCCAGUGAAUAAUCUCGCGAGAAUAAGGAGAGCCAGAAAACAAGUGAAAAAAUCACUUGAAGACAUCGGACUGGAGUUCUGCAAGGAUGUAGCAGAGGAGUUCAAAGAGUUUUGCCCUGAUGAAGAGUUUGUGAAGGACACUCAAAGUGUUGACAUCUGCAUGUGGAGCCCAUCAUUUUCAAAAACACAGGAAUACAGAUCAAAGCCAUUUUGCUGUGCAGAGUGCUCAUUUUCUUCCAAAUACUACUCGGGCUACAGGAAUCACUUUCGCAAUGUACACCGAAAACUUUUGGACAGUCAAAUUCUUCUCAACUGUCCUUACUGCUCAUUCAUCGCAAGCAAGAGAACCCUUGAGACGCAUGUCAAAAUAUUCCACAUACCCAAUUCAAAACAGCAGAAUAACGUGAACUCACGAGCAACUGUGCUGGGAGCAAAAACUAAUCUCACAAAUGCUGCUGCACAAAAGGGGGAGAAAGCCAUGUUCUUUUGCAAAAAGUGCACAUUCCGAGACACUCUCUACAACGUUGUUAAAAGACACAUUUACAGGGAACAUUUUCGGCAUGUUGUAUCACCAUAUUUUGGUAUGGUUUCCAAAUCUUCUGUCAGAAACGGUUCUUCUGUCAAUGGAAACAACAUCUUCUGUAAACAAUGUCAGUUUUCCACUCGAAGCUACGAGAUUUUAGUGCAGCACGUUCUGGAGUACCACGAGCGCAUUGGUGCACAAGUAACAAGCAUGAUUGCGCAUGCUAAUAUUUUGGUUCCAGUGCCUCAGCCUUUCCCUGCAAUGAAUCAGAGAACUCAGUUUGUUAGCAGAGGCAAGACUGUUAGAUCUGAUCCAGUUGCACAACCUGUAAUUGGCUAUUUAAAGCCUCCUGUCAAAAACCAGUCCAUCAUCCAAACCAGUCAGGUGUCUACCAAGCCUCCUGUCUGCAGUGAUGUUGCUGCAAAUAAUGCAACUGGUUUGAACACAUCCCAAACACAGAAAUGGAAGAUAUGCACUGUUUGCAAUGAACUUUUUCCUGAAAACCUCUACAGCGCUCAUUUUGAGAGCGCUCACAAGUCAACAAAACUUUGGGCAUUAGCCAGGUACAUUAUGAAAAUCCACAACUUCACCAGCAAGUGUUUAGUUUGCAACCGCUGCCUGCCCAGCAACACACUGCUCAACCACAUGCUAAUUCACGGCUUGACCUGUCCACAGUGCCACUCCAUUUUCCACAGUGUUGAGAAACUCAUGGGGCACGCAGCCUUGUGCCACCCAAGUGAGUUUGUAGGGGCAGCUGAUUCAUCACCUUUAACCUUUGAUAUAAACAUAAAACAAGGUAUAUCCAGAAACAUUCAGCUUGCUGUUCUCACAUUUAACAUGAAGGAUUCGGUCAAUGGUCUGGAUCAAUCUGCACCUGCCCUCAAAAGUGUUCCUACUGUCAAGGCGCCACCCAUUGUUAAAAUGAGCAGUGAACCACACGGUUUCUCUUCUGUAUUCCAUAGCAGUGAUGUGAGAAAAACCGUAUGCCCACUUUGCUUCACUGUCAUCCAAGCUCCCAUCACGGAUGCUUUAGCCCUGCAUCUGAGGGAGCGACAUCAAGUGCUCCAAACCAUGCAUCCUGUUGAAAAAAGGAUGACAUACAAGUGCAUCCAUUGUUUAGGUGUGUAUACUAGUAAUAUGGUAGCAUCCACAAUUACACUGCAUCUUGUGCAGUGCAGAGCUGUUGGUAGGGCCCAUGUCGGCCAAGGCUUCAAGUCUGCCAUGACACUCAACUCACCCAAGACUGGUGUCCCCAAGAGGCGGAUGCCAAUACAGGGCGGACCCACUUCCAAGAAGAUAAAAAUAUACAAAGGGUGUGAAAUAUCUGAUGAAAAUAAUAGCCUUGCUCUGGAUGCCAAAGGCUAUGCAAACAAGACCUAUUUGGCUAAGAAAGAUUUUCUGACUACUUACUUCAACCUGCGACCAUACCCAACUCCCGAAGAAGAGCAAAAGUUGUCAGAAAAUUUGAAUAUGUGGAGGUCUGAGGUUGCUAGCCACUUUGCAUCAAAGCGAAACAUCUGUUUCAGAAGUUGUAAGAUGAUGAAGGUUUCAGUGAGGCUAGGCUUUGACAUGAAAGCUGUAAAUGAGGUAAAACAUCUCUUGAUCUUUGAGAAUGGGAAGUUAGUUGGUACCUCGACUGUGAGAUCCGCAGGAAGCAAGUCGGUACCAAACCACACCUCAAAACUCAACACGUGCACAGAGACCAUUUCCAUUGACUCAGACUCUGAAGAUGAAACCAAGAAACCAGCAGCUGAGAACAAGGACCAAGAAACCGCGACAAAACUGGUUGAUAACAAUGAUCCUUCAGCAAAGACGAACUCUUUGCAAGAUGAAAACGAUUGCGUGAUUUUUGAACCAGAGACAUUACCUGCUGAGAAUGUGGAAUCCAAAAACCAAAAAGAUGUGACAAAACAAGAUGCUGAUGAACCUUCAACAGAGAAUAGCUCUUUGCAAGAAGGAGAGGACUAUGUUUGCAUGACUAUUGAAACAGAGACAACAACUGAGAGUGAGGAGUCCAAAGACCAAGAGAACAUGACAGAAGAGACUAAAUAUGAGGACACGGAUGAUCCUUUAACAGAGAACAGUUCUUUGCAAGAUGAGAAAGAAAAUGGCGACACGACUUGUGACACAGAAACACUACCUGAGCACGUAGAGUCCAAAGACGAUGAAAACCUGACAGAAGAGACCAAACAGGACAUGGAAGAUCCUUCAACAGAGGAAAGUGUUCAAGACAGAAAUGAAACUGUCUGUAUGGCUUUAGAAACGGAGACUACACCUUCUGAGACUGUGGAGUCCAACCACCAAGAGAACCUGAUUCAAGAAACGAAACUUGAGGAUGCAGAAGAUCCUUCAACAGAAAAUAGCUCUUUGCAAGAUGAACAAGAAAUUGUCUGCAUGACUUUUGGAACAGAGACACCACCAGAGAACUCAGAGUCCUGCCACGAAGAGAACCUGAUUCAAGAGACCAAGCUUGAAGACAGAGAAGAUCCUUUGACAGAAAAUAGCUCUUUGCUAGAUGAAAAAGAAAUUGUCUGCAUGACCUUUGGAACAGAGACACCACCAGAGAACCUGGAGUCCUACCACCAAGAGAACCUGAUUGAAGAAAAAGAUUUUGAGGAUAUAGAAGACUGUUUAGCAGAAAACAGCUCUUUGCAGGAUGAGAAAGAAAUAGUCUCCGAUAUAGAAGACUGUUUAGCAGAAAACAGCUCUUUGCAGGAUGAGAAAGAAAUAGUCUCCAUGACUUUUGAAACGGAGACUCCACCUGAGGAUGAGGAGUUCAGAGACCAAGAAAACCUGACAGAAGAAACUCAACAUGUGGACACAGAAGAUUCUUCAGAAUAGAAGAGCUUUUAGCAGGAUGGGAAUUAAAUUGUCUGCUCGACAUCAUGUUAGUUCGCUGCCAACAACUGGGUUCUUCUCAGUCUUUGGUUAAGUUUUAAAGGAAACAGUUUAAGACUGAUUAAGUACUGAUCCACAGAUGGUUCCAACUUGGCCAACUAUUUAGUGGUACUGUAUAC